AUGGCAGAUAUCAAGCCCGGGUCUGUUGACCCCGAAUCUACCUCAGACAAUGAAGCUCAGCCCGUAACUAGCGAGUACAUCAAACCAAAAUGGUACCGCUCAACCUUCUACAACGCCCUCAUCCUCGGAAUCUGCAACUUCCUCGCCCCCGGCAUCUGGGGCGCAAUGAACUCCCUCGGUGCAGGCGGUGAAGAAAAGCCCUACCUCGUAAACGGCGCCAACGCUUUAACCUUUGGCCUAAUGGUCGUCUCGUGUUUCCUAUCCCCCAUCCUCGUACGUCGAGUCGGCAUAAAAUACGCCUUGGUUUUCGGGACCAUGGGCUAUGCUCCCUACGCUGCCGGUUUGUAUACCAAUAACCGCUUUGGCACGGAAUGGUUUGUGCUGUUCGGGGCUGCGCUUUGUGGGAUUAGUGCCGGGGUGUUCUGGAUGGCCGAGGCGGCUAUAGCGUUGAGUUAUCCAGAGCCGUACAACCAGGGGAAAUUCCUUGGUUUCUGGUUGAGCUUUCGAGUCGGGGGGCAGAUCUUGGGGGGAGCCAUCAACCUAGGGAUGAACGCCGAUAAUAACCACGCCGGGAAAGUUUCGUAUAACGUAUACCUAGCGUUUAUUGCUCUCCAAGCGCUAGGUCCGUUCGCGGGAUUGCUGCUCAACAAGCCGGAAAAGGUCCAAAGAAGUGAUGGGGUUCCCGUCAAGCUGGCAAUCACGGGAGGCUCGAAAGCUGAGCUAACAGCCUUGAUCAAAUUAUUCUUCUCCCGAAACUUCCUUCUCAUCAUUCCGCUCAUUGCGCAGGGCGUGUACACUGAAGCCGUGAUGUUCACAUUCGAAGCGCUCUGGAUGACAGUCCGCGCCCGUGCCCUCGGCUCCUUCCUUUCGGGAAUCGUUGCCUUGAUUGCCGGCAAUAUUCUUGGGUCUUUCCUCGAUUGGACGAGAUUGAGAUUGAAGGUUAGAGCGAGGGUUGCGUUUUUCGUCAUCUUGGGACUUCAGGGCGGGUGGUGGAUUUGGGCAACGAUACUGGUUACUGAUUAUAACAAGACAAAGCCGACGUAUGACUGGGUGGAUCCGGGAUUUGGCAAGACGUUUGCGUUGUUUAUUUUCUGGGUCACAGGGUUUCAGUUGAAUUAUAUGUUCCUAUAUUUCGUUGUUGGUGAGCUUGCUGGCUCAGACGCCGAAGUGAUUCGGAUUGCAGGCUUGCUCAGAGCAACGGAAUCCGCAGUACAAGCUGUUAGUUACGGACUAAACAGCAUAAACAGCUUUGCGGGUACUGGUGGCGUGUAUCUGAACUUCGGUCUCUGGGGCUUGGCACUUCUUCCUGGUUGGUUAAUAGUCAAGGAAAUAGGAGUCACAUUAGGAGACAAGAAGGUGGAACGAGAAAAGGCACAGGUUCAGGCUCAGGUUAUACCUAUUGAUGAAAAGAACUGA